AUGCGCAGGUAUCGGCUGCCGUACUGGGCAAUCAUGCCUACGUUAGGCGUUUGGCCCGGAGCCGACGGGACCGGAACAAGAACCAAAGGUGAAGUCACAGCCACCGCCGCCAAAUCGUUACUCGCAUCCAAAUCCGUUGCAGUGAACUUGGAUAACGGCAAAGUAACCGUGGUGGAUGGAGUAGACCGACCGGAAGUCACCGCUGACGCAGUAACUCCAGUGCCCGGUGCAGCAUCCCUUCCAGCAGCCUCUCGAACCGACCCUGCGGCUGAUUAUCCGAAGCGUCGAAAGCCGACCAAGACGCAGUUACCGAAUACGCCCAGCGUUGGAGGACCGAGUUGGCUGCGAAGGAAGACGACGACGACAACGACCAGCACAGAGAUGACUACGACUGCAGUACGAGUGAAUUCGGAUGACUCUGCGGAGGUCACCGCAGCAGAUAACGUCACUGCGGGUCCCAUAACCAGGAUAUACUUAAAACCCUCCGCCAGGGCGAAAGCCGGUACCGGUGGCGUAGCCCUGUCCAACCCGAUAAGCACGGCCGUGGUCCGUAGGGGCGACACCGUCAGAAUAGAAUAUUUACCGGACGCUACGGCAGAGGCGGGCGAAGGCGGCGUGGCCAUUUCCCGGCCGGAACUGAUCAUCCACUUCGUCGACUGAUAUAUGCAACUCUUUUUUUGCCUCCGAUCUAAAGCACAACCGGACUUUCGAGGUCAGGGAUGUCCAUAUUAAAAUCAAAUUGAUUCGUUUCUAAAAUAACCACAUUUACAGAUAAAUUUAGUUAUCUUAUUAAGCCUCGAAUGCCGCCGAUUUAGUGCUCUAUAUUCCAGAGUGCUAGAAUUAAUCAAAAAUCUUUGUAUUUAACCGAUCAAGUACCAUUAUUGUGCCAUAUGUACCUAUUGUAGUAACAUACCAAUGAACUACAGUUGAAUACCGUAAACUAUAAUUUUAUAUUUUAACAAUAGCGUAAUGUAUUAUUACGAAUAUUAUUUAUGAGUGUGUUUUACUUUUACGCACCAUUAUUAAAUUUAUUUUAUUUUAAUUAUUAGGCAUACGUGCUAUUUUUUGUACUCUCUAAUUAGUGUGUAAUUUUUUUAUUUUCUUUAACUUCAAAACUAACUUUAGGGUACGUAUCAUAAAUAUCACUUGUUUUCUUUUUAUAGCACGUGCAGAUUUUGUUAUUAUCCUAAUGAAGUCUUCGUAUGCAAUAUGUUUCCAUAAUAUUACAACUUACUAUCAAUCAUUUUUAAUUUUAUUGUAGAACUAAGCCCGAUACAUUUUUUUUUUUUAAUUUAAUUGUAAAUAUAUGGUAUUUCGUCUAACUGUCCAUGAUAUUUGAAACUUUAACCGAAGGGAAUCUAAACGAAACCGAUAAUAAUUCGUGAUUACAUUCUAUUAAAUUCCUUUAUUAUUUUCCAUGUAAACGUUGUUAUCUAUAAUAGCUAGAAAACUAUUUGAUAGAUUACAGAAAUCCAUUUUUAUUUCUUCUCAUUCGAGUUGUCUGUAGUUGAAUUUGAAAUAAACAUAAAUAUUUAGGCUUAA